CACAUUUCUUCUCUGUGUGGCCCUAAGUUGUGCUCUCUGAAGAUAACAGAGAAUGUGAGGAAGUAUGCUGAAGAGCAUGGUUCUGGGGGCAUGAGGAGGCCGUGCAGCAUGGAAUGGAUCUAUUAGUGAUGAGUUUCUGGCUGCUAAGAAAACUGCUGGUGGCGAAACAACAAGGCUGUGGAAGAGAGAGUUUCAAACCAUUUACUAAUGAGGAAGCAGCAGCCAGUUUCCACAAACAGAAGCCUUGCAGGAGGGUUUUUGGCGAGAAGUCGAGAUUUAGAACGGGUUGCAGAUUCAGGGCAGCCGGAAGAUCGUCGGAACUUUCGCUGACGAAAUGUCUCAGGCAUCUGGGUGGCAAAGUGGCCGCAGCUCUGCAUUUCAUUUGCCGGAAGAGGAGACAUCCGGCAGCUCCUAAUUACGCUUCUUCGGCGUCGGGAAGAUCCAAUUCAUCUGUGGCUGCAACGGAUUCUCACAGAGCAGAAGCCAUUAACGACUGCAUCCAGUUCAUCAAUUCCUCUUCUUCCUUGCAGAAAUCUAAUUCUCUUUCUACUAGUUCUUGUUAGCUUCUUUAUCAUGUUCAUGUUCUUGCUUAUAAAAGUUAGCUGGGACGUUAAUGGCGGCAGUUCUAAUUGCUGCAGAAGAAU